AUGAAUUUUUUAUCGUAUUAUGAACUAGCAGUAUUAAGGUUAUGUAAUUUUGAUAUAUUUACAAGGGAAGUUGAUGAUGACUAUCAAGAAAUUAUUGAUUGGCUAAAAGAGAAUAAAAUUACUGUCAUAAGUUCAAAAGAUUCACACCAAAAUAUUCAGAAAGACUACAUUGAAACAAAUGAACUUCAAAACAUAUUGUCUUCAUUAUUUCUUUUUGACUUAAGUCAGUAUUCUAUGAAAACAAUUAUUUUAACUACUGUUUAUUAUCUUAUUCAAUACCGUGAUACACAACAACUAGUUAAAAAAAGAAUAGAUGAAAAUAUUAAACAACAUAAAUAUCAUUGGGAUGAUAUUGAGCAAAUUCUUCAAUUCAUUAAACGUGGAAAGGAGUUAAUGAAAAAGAAAAAUGAAAUUAUCAAACAAUAUGUCUCUUCUUUUAAGACAAUUAUUAAAUAUGUUGUUUUCACUGUUUCAGAUGAAAAAUACCUUGAUGAGUUACUUAUUCAUUAUCCUCAUCAACAAUUUGAUGUUUUAGAGUUUACAAUUUACCAAAUAGAGAAAAAUGAUAAAAUUUAUCAAUUUUGGAAAAUAAAAGAACCUUACCAAAUGAUUGAUUGCUCUUUGAUUUUAAAAACUGAUGUUUAUAGUAUUAUAUUCUUAACAAAAAAUAACAAUAAAAUUUUAAAAGAGUACUGUUAUUUAUGUAAUGGAUUUAAUUAUGUCCAUUCAGUCUUUAUAUUAUCUGCUUCUUCCCUCCCCCAAGAACUUAAAUAUGAACUUCAAUCAGCAAUUUUAAAUAACUUCCCUACAAAUAAUUCAUUUUUGAAUUUUACUUUACAAAAAGAUCUCCAUAUAUAUUUCAAAGAAAUUAACUAUUCGAUCUCUACAUCACUAAUUAAUACCGUUUGCAUUUAA